CUACAAUUACCUCACCAAUGUCAACCCAUUGAUUCAGUAGUGUGCGGAACCCGUCUAAUCAGGCAUCUAACUAAGCGAACUAAUCUAACCUCCACACAAAGUAGCCAGCUAGUGCGAAACAGUAAUACUAAGUAACUAACUGAAUAGCAACAGUAACAGAGUAACAAGCAGAGUAAUCAACAGUACAGUAGGAUAGAGAUCAUGGUAUUCUCAGUAAUACUACUACUAGCUGGGCUAAUACAAUUAUGCUUAGCAUUUCAUGGAAAGGAUCUCUACUAUCAAGCUCAAAGUAUACUCCAGAAUAUAUCAUCCAAUAUAGAUUAUCAACCAACAACCAUAUAUAAUGACGAUAAUAUUUAUGGUAAAUUCUAUGUACCACAAUAUGAUAUGGACCUUGAUGAUUAUGUAAAUACCAAAGUAAAUCACUGUCCUGAUAUAAUUACUAAUACAGUAAUACCUUUACUUGAAGAAUCUGCCAACAAUCAUUAUUAUGAAGCAUAUAUCCAAUUAGGUGACUUUUAUACUUUUGGUUAUUAUUCUUUGAAACCUGAUUAUCUUAAGGCCAAACAAUAUUAUGAAAAGGCCGUUGAAAUCAGUAGUAAUGGACAUUCAUACUUUAUGCUUGGAUUUAUGUAUUCUAGUGGACUUUUUGGAUUAUUACCAGUUGAUCAAGCUAGAGCUACAUUAUAUUAUCAAGCAGGAAUGGAAAAUGGUGAUAUUGAUUCAAUGAUAGCUCUAGCUUAUAGAAAUGCUCAUGGUAUAGGAACUCCAACUAAUUGUGAAUUAGCAUUAGUAUAUUAUUCAAGAUUAGCUCAAAUAGCUAUAGAACAUUAUGAAAAAAUUGAUAAUCCAAAUGAAGUGGAUGAUUCAGAAUAUAAUAUUAAAAUAGUCGACUUUAAUGGAGGAAUUUACGGAGAAAAGUUAAGUGAAUCAGUUAAAUCAAUUAUGUCAAGAACAAAAUUCUAUGCAAAAUCAGCUAUGGAAUUUGAAGAAUUUAAUAUUGAUGGAAAUAAUCAUGAUUUUGUUAAUAAUUAUAUAAAUGGUUUAAAGUAUUAUGAUGGUGAUUAUUUCUUACCUAAGAAUUAUACAAAAUCAGCUCAAUUCUUUGAAAAAUGUGUUAAUAUUGGUCAUGAAACUUAUGGUCAAACUAAUUAUAAACAUGUUGAUAGGUUAGAUGCAUUUUAUUUAAGUCGAUGUCAAGCUCAAUUAGGUCGAUUAUAUUUAAGAGGAUUAGGAGUUGAAAAGGAUAUUGUUAAAGCUAAUUUAUUACUUACAAGAUCAUUAUUAGUUAAUCAAAUUGGUGAUGCCUUAAAUGAUUUAGGAUAUAUUGAAGAACGAGAAUUAUUACCUGGUAGAAAUUCUUCAAGUGAAGAUAAACCUAUUGUAAAGGCUUCUGAAUUAUAUAAGAAGGCAAUAGCAAAAGGUUCAACUGAUGCCAGAUUAAAUCUUGCUAAGUUACUAACAUCAAUUAGUCCUGAUCAUGAACCAAUGCGUGGAGAAUAUGCUGGCGAUAUUUACACUAAUGUUAGAAAGGCAGUUUAUAAUGGUCAUAGAGAAUCAUUAUAUUAUUUGGCUGAAUAUUUACAAUCAGGUUUAGCUUCAAAAGUAGAUACUAAGAAUUCUCAUGAAUGUCCUAAUAUGAAUUUUUAUCUUAAAAUGUUUGUUGAUAGACUGGAAAGUUAUUUCUUCCCACAUUUAAAGUUUGCCUUUGAUGAAUUAAUUAAAGGAAAUUAUAAAAAUUCUUUGAUAGGAUAUCUGAUUGCAGCAGAACAAGGAUUAGAAAAUGCUCAAAUCUCAGCAGCAUACUUACUUUAUCAAACUCAACCAUUAUGGUCUUUAAAUGGAUAUAAGACAUUUGAUGCUAAAAGAGUUGAAGCAUCUAUUAAGUAUCUUGAAAAGGCAUCAAAACAAAAGAAUCUUGAUGCAACCAUUUUACUUGGAGAUUUAUAUAUGAAUGGGAUUGAUAAUGAAAUCCUUGAAAAGGAUUAUGCUAAAUCAUUCUCAUAUUUUAAAAAGGCAGCAAAUGAUCAUUCUCCUCAUGGAGCUUAUAAACUUGGUUAUAUGUAUGAAUAUGGAUUAGGACCUCUGGAUAGUAUGAUUGAUUAUUUCAUGGCCAAAAGAUAUUAUGAUUUGAGUAUUCAAUAUCAAAUUCAAUUUAAUAAAGUACUUAAUAAAUCAGCCGUUAAUUGGGCCCUCUUAAGAUUACGGAUGAAAUAUUUGUUUAAUAAGAAGAAAUUUAAAAGUAAUAGUGAAUCAGAACAAAUGGGUUGGCUUAAUGCCUUUAAUAAAUUAAGAGGGGGGAAUAAGGAUUCAGAAAAUAAUCGAGCUAAUGAAAAGGCGACUGCUCAUCAUGAAGGCACUACACUUACUGAUGAAGACUAUGAAGAUUUUGAUAUUCUUGAUUAUGUGGUAGUAAUAUUAACAUUCUCAUUCUUUCUUAUGUUCUUUAUCCAAAAUAUAAUUCGUCGGUUACGUAGAAUGGAUAAUGAAGAAAAUGGAAAUCAAAGACAAGCAGAAAAUAAUCAACCAAGAGAUGGAGUAGAGAUGCAAAAUGGGUGGAAUGGAGCUCAAUUCAAUUUUAGAAGAGGAAAUUUUGAGUUCCACUUCUUUGCAUUAUAAAUAGUCAUUAAUUGAAUAUAAUUCUAUAUAGA